AUGAAGCUGCAUCACAGACCUGGUAUGACGAAGAGGAUCUGUGUCGCCUUGCUCUCUCCAAAGCGACCAUAUUACAUCACCCACGAGUACGGCACUAUCACAUCCUUUGACGAUGAGGUGGAGACGCUGGGUGAGCUUUUCGAUAUCGUGGUGCGCCUGAAGGACCGAAGUGUGGCCAAGCAUCUUGAGCUCAUGCAAACAUACAAGGAGGUCUCGAAGGUGAUGCGCAAGGCCAUCAAUGAGUGGCGAUGGGGAAAGCGCAAUGGCAGAUGGGCUACAAGACUGGAGGAGCUGACCAUGGAACAUGAAACCCCAUGUACUGAAUCGAUGGAGAGGGCUGGCUGCCCAUACUGCUAUGUUAAGCGAUAUCAGCAUGAGAUCGAACGCGAGGAAGUGUUCGUCGAGGAUAACUUUGGGCGGUACCUCAAGUAG